GGGGCAGGCUGACUGGCAGAGAGUGUCCGGGCAAGGGCACAGGCAGGGGCAGCAGCUGGGGCCCAGGACGAAGCCACCCCCGGGGGCACUAGCCUUGGUGCGGGGCACUCCAUGAUGCCCGAAGGCCAGCGGGCGCCUGUCUCCCCACGGGCGGCUCUGAGCGCCCUGGACACAGGGUCAUCUGAGCCCACGGCCUGCCCGCCGACCCCCGGGUCCCCGGAGCCCCCCGCGCCUUGGCGGGGCUCCGUCCGCGCCAGUGUCCCGCAGAAGCUGGCGGAGGCGCUGAGCAGCCAGUACGGGCUGAACGUGUUCGUGGCGGGGCUGCUGCUCCUGCUGGCCUGGGCCGUGCACGCCUCGGGCGUGGGCAAGAGCGACCUGCUCUGCUUCCUCACGGCGCUCAUGCUGCUGCAGCUGCUCUGGAUGCUGUGGUACGUGGGCCGCAGCGCCGCGCACCGCCGCCUCAUCCGCCUGAAGGACACGCACGCCGGCGCGCGCUGGCUCCGCGGCAGCAUCACAUUGUUUGCAGUCAUUACCAUCAUCCUGGGAUGUCUCAAAAUUGGGUACUUCAUUGGAUUUUCUGAAUGUUUAUCAGCCGCUGAAGGAGUGUUCCCCGUCACACAUGCGGUACAUACUCUGUUGCAGGUAUAUUUCCUUUGGGGGCACGCAAAGGAUAUCAUCCAGUCUUUCAAAACACUGGAAAGGUUUGGGGUGAUCCACUCGGUGUUCACCAACCUGCUUCUGUGGGCCAACAGUGUCCUGAAUGAGUCAAAGCACCAACUUAAUGAGCACAAGGAAAGGCUCAUCACUUUGGGCUUUGGGAACAUAACAAUAGAGCUAGAUGACCACACACCGCCGUGUAACUGCACACCCCCGACGCUCUGCUCUGCCAUUUCGCACGGGAUCUACUAUCUCUACCCUUUCAACAUCGAGUACCAGAUCCUGGCUUCCACGAUGCUCUAUGUCCUGUGGAAAAACAUCGGACGCAAAAUGGACAGUCAUCCGCACCAGAAGAUACAGUUCAAGUUUCAUGGGGUCGCAGUGGGCUCGGCCCUGGGCCUGGCCGUGCUGGCCGCCACGAUUGGGGUCGUGGUGGUGUAUCUGAUUCAGAUCGGACGCUCCAAGUCCAAGAGUGAGUCGGCCCUCAUCAUGUUCUACCUGUACGCCACCGCCGUGCUCAUCCUCAUGGGGGCUGGAGGGCUGGUUGGAAUCCUGAUUUAUAGGCUCGAUGAGCAAUCGCUAGACGAAUCCAAAAACCCGGCCCGCAAGCUGGACACGGACCUUUUGGUGGGCACUGCCUCCGGCUCCUGGCUCCUCUCCUGGGGCUCCAUCCUGGCCAUCCUCUGUGCCGAGGCCCGCCCCUCGUACACCUGGUACAACCUGCCCUACUCCAUCCUGGUGAUCGCCGAGAAAUCCAUCCAGAACCUCUUCAUCAUCGAGUCCACUCACCGACAGCCGGAGGUGUCCGAGGACAUCAGAACCGUGAGGGUGGUCAUGGUCUGCAAUGGGUCUGCCACAUCCCUCGCUUCUUGCUGCCUCAAGAGCGGAGCUGUGACCGGGGACGUGGCCCCUCAGGGCAGUGAGAUGCCACCUGCAGGCAACGGAAAUAUGUGUCUGAGAGAAGGUGACGACAAAGAGGAGAGGAGCAGGGAAUGGCCCCCUGGCCCAGCCGGCCACCCCCGUUUCUUGCAGAGCAACACCAAGGGGAGAGUCUUAAGGAAUAUCGCAGCCUUUUUGUUCCUGUGCAAUAUUUCGCUUUGGAUCCCUCCUGCCUUCGGCUGCCGCCCUGAGUACGACAACGGAUUGGAGGAAAUUGUCUUUGGCUUUGAACCCUGGAUAAUUGUGGUCAACCUGGCCAUGCCGUUUUCCAUUUUCUACCGAAUGCAUGCAGCUGCCUCCCUCUUUGAGGUCUACUGUAAGAUAUAGUCUGUGUCCACAUGAAAGACUGAGGCGUGAGCGAACAAGAGAGUUCCCUGGAGCCACCUGGGAAUGGCGCGUUUGGCAAAUAUUGACUUACACAUGCGAGGUCUGCCCAGAAGGUCUGCCUUUUGUCUGCAGGGAUUGUGUUUCCUGUGGACUGCAAAUGUCCAUCACCCUGGAUGGAUGUAAACAAGUUAAGAUCAAAUGAAGGAGGGAGCUGAAAUCUGUCCUGGGUUAGUUAAUUCAAAUCAAACUCAAAUCAUUUUAUCUCUUUCUAAGUGAGAUCCUCUGUUGUAAAAGAAUAUGAUCCCAGGUUAGGACAAAAGUUUAUCCAGCUGCUUGUUUUCCCUAAAAAUCAUCUUUAGUCUGCAAUUUAUCAUGUUACUACAUACAACCUUUUAUUGACUAUCUGUGCAGAGUUACCCUUAAAUUUUAUCCUUCCCACAGCUCAUGAGUAUAGAUACAAUCACAUUUAGUUUAUAUUGCACUUUUGGAAUGUGCUUAAUUUUCGAACAAAGUUACUUUUUCCCUUUGGAUGGAAAUUUGUGAAUAGAUCAAUAUACAGUUAUUUCUUACCUGAAAUUUUGGCACAUUUUUUGUUUGUGAUCAUCUUGAAGUUUUUAAAAAAAUAUAUAUUUUACUGUUUUCUCUCUCUCACUAUAAAUACAUACAUGCUUUGUAUAGAAAAUUUGGACAUUUCAGAAGAGUAGAAAGAAACAAAUCACCUAGGAUGCCAUUGUUCAAAGACAAUCACUUUUUAACAUCGUACUGUAUGUCUUUCAACCCUAUGGAUUCAUAGGAUUCUUUUCAUUGUUAUUUUUAUUCUACUUGCCAGUGAUGAUGAGAUAUCUUCAACUUUGUAUCCACUUUUUUCCAUUUAACAAUCUGACAUAAA